AAUAUUUCCUCUUUUGGAGUUGGAAUUGAUUCUGCUCCUCCUCACAUUCAUUCUCAUUCUCAUCAUUUCAUAUAAUAAUAAUAAUAUAAAUUAUACAUAUAUCUAUCUAUCUCAAUUAAUUAUGUAAUAAUCGCGUUAAUAAUAAUAAUAAUAAGAUGCGUAUUCCUAGAACACUCACCGCUUUCACUCGUUUUCCCCUUAACUUAGGGUUUUCUUCUUCUACACACUUCUUCUCUUCAAAAAGGUCUCAAGGCCCUUUUCAUAUAGGAGCAAGCUAUAAAAUGGAGGCCCCUGGUGAUGGAGUUACAUCGGCGAUGCAGGGACCUAAUGGCCGUGAAAAUACUCAGGUUUCAUGUGUAUGGACAUCUCCUGAAGGAGGGCAAAAGAUUGAUAUCGGCAAACAUAUUUUCUGUAACAGGGCUGUGAAUAUGAAAAACAUAGUGGCAGUCGGCUUUGAUAUGGAUUAUACGUUGGCUCAGUACAAGCCUGAAACUUUUGAGUCCCUUGCGUAUAACGGCACUGUCAAAAAGUUAGUGCUUAACUUGGGAUACCCUAAUGAGUUACUAGAUUGGUCUUUUGAUUGGACGUACAUGGUCAGAGGACUGGUUCUUGAUAAAAAGAGAGGAAAUAUACUGAAGAUGGACAGACAUAAGUAUGUCAAAGUGGCGUAUCAUGGAUUUAGGUUAUUGUCAAAGGAUGAGAAGGUUGCUACAUAUGGGAACACCCUAGUUCGAGAUGCUUUUGAUGAGCCUGACUAUGCACUUAUCGAUACUCUUUUCUCUCUAGCUGAAGCGUAUUUAUUUGCUCAGCUGGUCGACUUCAAGGAUAAUAAUCCAGGAAAAAUCUCAGAAGAAAAAGAUUAUUUCCGUAUGUACAGAGAUGUUCGGGCUGCAGUUGACCUGUGCCAUCGCGAUGGAACCUUGAAGCAGAUGGUCGCACAUGAUCCGAAAAGGUACAUCAAUGAAGACAAAUCAAUUGUCCCAAUGCUUCAGAUGCUUAGAACUUCUGGUCUUGCUGUAUUCUUAGUGACAAACAGCCUUUGGGACUACACAAAUGUGGUGAUGAAUUUUUUAUGUGGCCCCCAAAAGCUUGAUGCCAGAUCCACACUGACUCUUGACUGGCUCCAGCACUUCGAUGUUGUCAUAACCGGCAGUGCAAAGCCGAAGUUUUUCCAUGAUGAAAAUCGUGCUAAUCUUUUCGCUGUGGAUAUUGAGUCGGGAAUGCUUAUCAAUACCGACAAUGGUAGUCCUAUGGCUCAGGUGGGCGGUCCUUCUUUAGAACUGCCAGAUGAGAUGCCAGAUAAAGCUUACAAAGUGUUCCAGGGAGGCAAUGUUGGCCAUCUGCACAAACUACUGAGUAUCGAAUCAAGCUCACAGGUUCUUUAUGUUGGAGAUCACAUAUAUGGGGAUAUUUUGCGCAGCAAAAAAGUCCUGGGUUGGAGGACGAUGCUUGUCGUUCCAGAACUUGAAAAGGAAGUUAAACUUCUCUGGCAUUUACGAGACACUCGUAAGAAACUUAUAUUGCUUCGGAGUGAGCGAGAUCAGAUAGAGGAUCAAAUCCAUCAUUUAAAAUGGUCCCUUCAACGUGAGUGUUUGGAUACCGCUGAAGGGGAAAAGGUCUCUGCAAAGCUCGAUUUACUUGAGGCACAAUGUGACCGUGUUCGAAUAACACAUCAAGAGACUCUAAAAGUUUUUCACGAGAAGUUCCACAAGGUGUGGGGGCAGCUCAUGAGAACUGGGUACCAGAAUUCACGCUUCGCUCAUCAGGUGGAGCGAUUUGCAUGUCUUUACACAAGUCAGGUUGGUAAUCUGGGCCUAUAUUCUCCUGCAAAGUACUAUAGGCCAAGUGAAGAUUUCAUGCCACAUGAAUUUGAUGUCAUCUCUCUGUAAAAAUUGACAAAUAUGCGUAUAUGAUAUGAUUUUACUUGGUAGCUUUUGAGACUAUGGAUGAUGCAAACUAGAAGCAUCAUGUUAUUCCUCUUUUUUUUUUUCUUUUUUUUUUUUUUUGGUAAAACCUCCAAGAGGAUGAGCAGCAAACUAGAAGCAUCACAUAUAUUUAUAUUGGUUUUAAUAAGGAAAAGAAGUUCUAAUUUUUUUA